CGUAGAGCGAGUGGAACGAACAUGUGAGCGUUAGCAGUGGUGUUGUUGUUAAAAUGAUAUUCACUUAAAAUUAUUUUACUGACGGAAUAUAAUAGAGAUCGUGCGAGUUAUAUGGCUUUAUAAUGUCUGAAGCCACGACUCCGGGAAGAAAGGGCAAUCUGACUGGCAGUGCCAGAAAGUUAAAGGAUGACGCAGCUGACUGGCACAAUCUCAUCAUGAAAUGGGAACGCCUGAAUGAUGAGGGAUCCACCAUUGCGACUAAAAUAGUCAAUCUAGGACUGAGCAAAAAAUCAUUUAGUGAGUCUGACAUUGUGAUGGAAGGAGACUCGGCUGAUGUGAUCCAUUCAGAGAGUAAUCUGACACGGAGCAACAGAGAGCUGGAGGAUGAAUGUGUCAAAUUAAAGGACGUUGUAGACAAAAUGGCAAAUAUAUUGUUAAAGAUGGAGAAGAUGGUCAAUGCUGAGCGUGGGAUUUGUGAGUUAGAAGCAGUUCAGUAUGGAGAGAAAGGAAGACCAGCACCACUGUUUCUUACUUGGUCCACACAACAGUUUGCUGAUGUAUCUUCCAAACUUUACGAAUCUUACAAGCAGGAGCUUGCACUAAAACAGACUAUCCUACAAGAAUUAGCUCACACUUCUAAUGCUGAUCUCUCCAUGGUUUAUCUCUCAUCAUGGCUGUAUCAACCUUACAUUGAAGACAGUGGAAAACUGAAACUGGAAAGUUUGCUGUUGGAAACGGGUCACAGAUCUCUGUAA